AUGGAUUGGUGGCUGUUACAAUCGAGUUUAUUUACUAAUUGGAUCUAUGGUUCACCUCAGACUCAGCCUCAGACACAGACAAAGGUCAAGGAUGAGGAUUAUGAUAUGCCGUUUGUCUCGACUCUGGCGCAUCCUGCCUCAGUCAUCCCAUCUAAGCGCAAGAGCAUUGACCCGGAGAAUUCCGGAGGCCCCUCGGACGCCUCGACUGCCCCAAAGCAGGAAAAGAUCUAUCUCAGGUUUUCACGUACACGCUCUCUAGGUCCGAAUGCUGGACUUCCGCGCCCACCCACUCCUAAUCCGAGUGUCAGACAUCCUCGCUCAUUCACUCCACCUCCUAAGCCUCGUCGCAAGGCUCAGAAUUCGGGCGAGUUUGAAGUUGUUGUCCCUUCUCCCUCGCAGAAAAAAAAGGGAAAGGAUCGAGCUUUUUACCCCAAGAUAUCGGAUCUCAGAGGCAUCUCAGAGAAGGAUUAUCCCCUGAAAGGACCCGAUGCACCAUGGAUACAGAUGGUCAACAGAAAGAAAUAUCCGAAACAGCGUGACCCUGUCGACCGAAGGAUUGUUUCAUUCGGUAUCUCAUCUGAAACUCCCAGCCAAUUUCCAAAGCUUCCAUCGGCGGGUUUCCUGCGACUGAGACUGCAUCAGAAGACACAGCAAAUUCAAGGCCCCCCUGUCACGUUGAAUGUUGACGAUGAGAAGCUCUCUUUCCUAUCUUCUAGCUUUGGAUUCAUCAAUGAUUAUGUUUUGCUGGAUGGUGUCGAGCGUGUUGACGAAGGCUUUAAUUCCGGUUGCAAUUGUGAAUCAGGUCAAUGCAGCCCGUCGACUUGCGAUUGCCUCUUUGAUGAAGAAGAUACGGAUGAGAAGAUCAAGACCUACCAGCUCAUUGACGGCAAAGUUGUUCUUCGUCCAAGCUUUCUGAACCGACGUUCCAAGAUUGUGGAAUGCAAUGCCCUGUGCAGUUGCAAGGGUAAAUGCUGGAAUACUGUGAUCCAAGCGGGUCGAAAGAUUCCCCUCGAGAUCUUCCAUACCGGUGAUCGUGGCUUCGGACUUCGUUCCCCUUCGCCUAUCGUUGCGGGCCAAUUCAUCGAUCGUUACUUAGGUGAAGUGAUUACCCAGAAAGAAGCCGAUGCUCGUGAGUCAGCCAACCAGCAAGGCAUGUCCUACCUCUUCAUUCUCGACUGGGAGAAACCGCAAACCUUGGACGACGAUGAUGAGCCUCAGGCUCAGACGCAAGCUGAAGACUUCUUCGUUGUCGAUGGUCAGAAGUUUGGCUCCCCGACCCGUUUCAUGAAUCAUUCUUGCAAUCCCAAUUGCAAAAUCGUUACGGCGUCUACCACUCACCAUGGGGACGAUAAACUCUAUGAUCUUGCGUUUUUCGCUCUCCGCGACAUUCCCGCAGGGACAGAGUUGACAUUCGACUACAACCCAGUCCCCUUGGCAGCUGAGACUUUUGAGCCGGCGAAGAAAAACAAGGGCAAGAAAAGAAAGGCCAGAAAGAGCAAAUUCGGAAAAAGAAAGCGAAACGCUCCAAAGGUCGACCCCGACAACUCCCGCUACACCGGCAACGACAAGGCCCAAGCCCCGAUCGUUGUCAAGUGUCUCUGCGGUGAAAAGAACUGCCGUGGUGAGCUCUGGCUGAAGGGUCCCAAGAAGCAAUCGGGUGCCCAGCCUGCCCCUCAGGCUGUUGUAGGCCCGAGCUCUCAGAAGAAAUCCUCUAAGAAGGAUUCUGUCGCUCAGCCUGAGGGGCAGGCUGUGGCAGGCCCGAGCUCGACUUUCCUGCCGAGAAUCAAAAUCAAGGGCCCCAAGCCACCUGAGCCCAAGCCUCGAUCCAGGCGAAGCUCUAAGGGGAAGGAGCGCGCCACCUAA